CUUGUCAAUGUCAUAUGAUAGAUACCAAUAGCAAAUUAUUGACGAAGAAAAAAUAAGAUUAAGAAAUUAAAUUGGAACCUAAAGUGGAAUACAAAAGCUUUAUAUCAAAACUAUUAAGAGAUGACGGAGAUAACCUGGCCAUGGCAGUAUAAUUUUCCUCCCUUUUUUACAAUUCAACCACACGCGGAAACAAGAGCGAAACAAUUAGAAGCAUGGCAACAAUUAAUAACAGACUAUCUUAAAACAACAAAACAAUCAACCAUAGAUGUAAGAGAAUCACAGAACUGUCCACUAUUUAAUAAUGCUACUAUAAAUAGAAAGUUAUCACAAGAAUCAUUAUUAAUAAUAUUAGAAGAAAUGGGGAAAACAGGUAGAGCUGCUCCGGUGGAUAAAAGUAAAAAUGUAUGGGAGGUGUACUGGCAUUCGUUGGAUGAAUGGGGCAACAUGUUAUACAAUUGGGCGAGCAGUAAUGGCCUAAAUAAUACUGUAUGCACAUUAUUUGAAAUAAGAGAAGGUGAUAAUACUGUUGGUGAAGAGUUCCAUGGAUUAGACAUGAAUGUACUAAUAAAAGCGCUAAAGGCUUUAGAAGUGAAAGGCAGAUGUGAGCUAAUGGAGUUUGAUGAUAACCAAGGUGUCAAGUUCUUCUGAAUACAUAUAAAUGUUAAUACGGUCCCUAAUGUAUUAUUGUGAGUACAUUUUAAUGUCGCUAAGGAAAUGUUGAAUGCACUUUGUUAAGUUGUAAUUUUGUAAUGUUGAAAUAUAUUGCUUCAUAUUUUU